CUUUCUUCCAUUACGCGCAGUCAGUGCACUCAGCGCGCGCACAGGUCUGAACUUCUGCACAACAGAGCGUGACGAUUAAAGAUGGAAAUAUAGCAGCUGCUCCCUCUUAAACAAAACAAGACACGGAUGGGUUUCAGUGAAGAAAAUUCGUUUCUGCGGUUCGUGAUAUAUGAUGGGAGAUGUGUGCCACCGACAUGACAGUACAUGGUGGUGAUUGACCAGUCACCCUGAAGAAAGCAGCUCACCCGCUCACCAACACCCAGCCGUGACCCGUCUUACCUGUACGAUCCGCUCCCAUCCGGACUGACCACAGAGCGCCUUCAUUUUCAGUAUCAUCCCCAUCUGCUGCAAUGAUUAAUCAACACAUUUUCCUGCAUUACAAUUACACAGGGAAACUAGACAAUCGCAAUGAAACCAAAGGAGCCCCGUUGGACCCCCAAACGGUGGUGUUUUUGGUCAUUUGCAGCCUCAUCGUCUUUGAGAACUUAAUAGUGCUGGUGGCGAUCUGGAAAAACCACAAAUUUCAUAACCGGAUGUACUUUUUUAUUGCCAACCUGGCUUUGUGUGACUUAUUGGCUGGUGCGGCCUACAUAGUAAACUUGUUGAUGUCAGGACAGUGGACGUUACACUUGUCUCCAGUCGAGUGGUUUGUUCGUGAAGGAAGUAUGUUUGUAGCCCUAAGUGCUUCUAUCUUCAGCCUGCUGGCGAUCGCGAUCGAGCGGCAUCUCACUAUGAUAAAAAUGAGGCCUUAUGACGCAAGCAAAAACUACCGGGUGUUUCUGCUAAUAGGAACGUGUUGGUUGAUCGCCAUCACGCUGGGAGCUCUGCCCAUUUUGGGCUGGAACUGUCUGGAGAAUCUUCCACAGUGCUCAACCAUUUUACCUCUCUACAGCAAAAACUACGUGGCGUUCUGCAUCACCAUCUUCAUAUCUCUGCUGCUGGCCAUCUCCAUCCUCUACGCCCGCAUUUACAUCCUCGUCAAGAGCAGCAGCCGCAAAGUCACCAAGCACAGCAACUGCGAGCGCUCCAUGGCCCUCCUGCGGACCGUCAGCAUUGUGGUGGGCGUCUUCAUCGCCUGCUGGACGCCCAUCUUCGUGCUCUUCUUCGUCGACGUUGCCUGCGGGCCGAAAAGUUGCCCGGUUCUGCUCAAAGCCGAUUGGUUCAUCGGCCUGGCCGUUCUGAACUCCGCCAUGAAUCCAGUCAUCUACACUCUUGCCAGCAGGGAAAUGCGAAGGGCGUUUUACAAACUCGUAUGCGGCUGUUUGGUGCGGGACGGCGUCAUGGGAUGCAAGCAGAACACGGACCCUAGCAGGAGCAAAUCUAGCUCGAAUUGCCCACGGGCGGCUGAACAAGAAAACCCAGACGGCAUCAAUUCAUAGUUUUUGGUCAUGUGACUGGCGCAGAGACCUGGAGGGCAAAAACUGCAGCACAGGCCUGUCAAAUUUCCAUGUUUUAAAUAUUUAAUUCACAAAGAUAUGUGAACAAACUGCAAGUUAUGGGCACUUGCGAUCCAUAUCCAGACAUAGUAUCGUGUUUAACUUAAAAAACGUAACUUUAAAAGCGCUUAACAUGCCAUAAUGCACUAAAAGAGUGAUAUUAGAGAUCAAAUUAAUUUCACACCUUAUGCUGCAUUCACACGGUACGUUCUCAUUUACUUGGCAGAAGUUGAAAAAUUUUCAAGUGCCAACACAGGUGUCAGCCAAUCAGAUUGCCUUUUGCAAAUAUCAUAGGGCAGACGCUAGUCAAUUGCGUUCAUGCAACACCCGAAAGUAAUAUGAUUGGCUGUUGUCACUGUGACGGUCGCGUCAAUGUGCCACACAAGUCCUGAAAAGUGAAGCCAAAAUAUUUCCAUCGCCCCCAGGUGGCUGGAUGCAGUAUAGGUCAUAAACCCCACCCUGUCCAUGUAAUCUAAUGGGACGUGAGACAAACUAAACAAUCAAAUUAUUACACUUCAAAUAAUUGUUUUCCAAAGAUGGUUUCUGUCAUUUUAGAUCGUUUAUCACGCUGAUGUGAAUUCAAGUGUUCGUUUUAUAAAUAAGUUUGGGUUUAGUUAGUUAUUUGAUUCUAUAAAAACGGGGUGUGACAUCAUGAUUGACAGCUGAGAUUGACAACUUCUGAGCCAAGUAGUCACUGAAGCACUUUUUUCAGGAUCUUCAGGAGGAGAUUGGAGCUUUAACUUUAAUUUCUACAUUUCCAUAACCGUUUUUCACACUGACGCAAUGAGUUGUUCUGCAGUAAACUGUACUAACUGAUACUGCAGCAGUGUGGGCGAGGCCUUGAUACCGCGGCUCCACUUCACGCUCACUUCUUCGCAGACUCUGAUCCAGAGUUCACUACUGCGCAGACUCGGGCUCUGAUAUAUCAGCCCCAUAUUGGGACAUUGGCGGCUUCACUUUUCCAUAUGGAAGAGAGUGACGGCUUCUUGAACAAAAACAAAUGUAGGGCGGGGCUUGAUUUUGUCUGUGGGGAAUUGAUUGGAUGGUUGUGGUUUGCUAUUGGUGGAUCUCAUGUGAUUGACAGGUUGCCCCGCCCUCAUGCCAGUAAACGCAUCAUCAGAGAAGAGAUGUCAUUGCAAGAGGGAGGGGAAGUUAUUUUAAUUCAAGAUUACGAGGCACAUGAAUAUGAAUAUAAGUUGGCAUGUUGCAUUUAUAUUCAGGGUUCAUCUGUUCGCCUGUAUGCAUCAUCAGUAAAGUUUAUACUGAAUUUGGUCUUUUAAUAUCACUGUCUUAGUAUUUAGUACAAACCCGAUAAUGGGCGCUAUUUUGCCCUCCGGGUGAGUGUUUCUAAGGUGUGACAGCACAUGAAAACUGAAUACACAACACAAAAAAAUCAACCUACCAGUCCUAACAAAAGCUAAAGCACUAAAGUGUGUUUACUAAAAUGCACACUACAGCAUUAGUGCAUGAUAUAGAACUUUAGUAUGCACUUUUUAAGUGCACUUUGUUGCAUACUAAAGUGCACAGUAAAGCAUCAGCACAUGUUAAGUGCAUAUUGACCCAAUGCAUAUGGAAGCCAUAUAACAAAACAGAUGCUUUCAUUUUAGAUCCCAACCUCAUGAUUCUAAUCGAUACAGCUCUCAGAUAAUCUGUACAGAUAACAAACUAAUUUGACAAUAUAUAAAUAUUGACUAUUUAUAUUGUGCUGUGUUUAAUAAUCUGUAUACCCAAAGCCUUUUAUGCCAGGUGUUGAUAUUGUAUACUAGCAUGUUUUACACUUUAGUCUGUAUGAUAUAUAUGUAUAUAGGUUGUUGAUUUUUGUUGAAAUAACUUAAUUGUAACAUAUCUAAACUUUUACCAAAGGACUAAAAAAAAGCAUUCGUACAAGAUCUGUCUGUAUGGAGUAAAUGUAGGCUGCUGUAAAUGUAUUUUAAGAUUAAAAGCGCAAUGUCUUAAAACAAA